AUGCGUUCGUUCGCUGUUGCCGCUUUGCUCGGGCUUACGGCUGCUCAGAGUAGUGCCUCUAAUGCCACUUUGAGUAUUGCGAGUCGUUCUUCCAUAUCGCCAACGCCUCUGACGACCACUUCGGCUACCUUGACGGGCCCCAAGUCGAUCAUUACUGUUGCCACCGAUGGAUCUGGAGACUAUACCGCCAUCAACGUAGCUGUAAAGGCUGCACAGGAUAGCGGUAUCGCCACUGUCUCUGUCCUUCCUGGAACCUACUCCGAGGCCGUCACUGUCAUCGGACAGGCUACUGUUACGAUCGCCGGGCCCUCUCCUACGGCUUCGGAUGAUUGGUCCGAGAACAAAGUCACAAUCGCUGCGACUACUGUCCCAUUCAGCAUUGGUACAGAUAAGAUCAAAGGUGUCACCGUCCGCAACAUCAACAUCGUCAAUUCAGCUGCUGUGGGUCCAGGAGCCAAUGCGGCGACAGUUUCGCUCAGAGGAAGCAAUGUUGCUUUCUAUGGGUGCUCUGUCAUCUCACCUGGUGGCACUGUAGUCUCAGCUACCUACGGAACGGCCUUCUUCGCCAAUUCGUACAUCGAGGGCUCGAAUUAUCUCUUCUACAACUACCCGACUAUCUAUCUUUACAAGUCCACCAUCGUUCCUCUCAGCUCGAGUGCUCUUAUCGUGUACAGCAAGGGUGGAACCCCUAACGGAGGUACCUUUGCGAACUCCACGGUCGUAUUCGAUUCGAGCUCGAUACAGCAGAAGACAGGAUAUACCAACAACAAUGUAUUUUUGGCGGCUCCAGCCGCCGACGGUGCAGUGGCAAUCUACCGGAACACAGCAAUGGGAAAUCUGAUUGCCACUGCUGGGUUUCACCCCUCAGCGGCUACCACUCCAUCUUUCUACGGCGAGUUCGCUACCACCGGUGCCGGUUCUUAUAGCAAGAACGCCGCAGCUCGUCCUAGCUACGAUGUCCUCCUCUCGGCCGAUCAGGUGUCUCAAUUCACCAUCGACAAGGUCUUUGGAAAUGCGUUCUAUCCUUACGCUAGCUCUUCGCUUGCAUGGGUUGAUCAGAACGUUGUUGCGUCAUUGAAAGCAUCGAAUGAUGCUCAGAUUGCUUCCGCUUCAUCUGCUGUGUCGACUGCUUCUUCCACCAUGUCUCCAUCAAUUUCAUCGAUGGCUUCGCUGGCCAGUACCGCCAGUUCCAGCUCCAUCUCGAACGCUACUAUCACUGCUUCCACAACGACCAGUGCUACCCCAGUAGCCUCUUGCAUAAUCGCAGCUGCGUCCCCGACUUUGAUAGUCUCCAAGACACCCGGACCAUGCGAGUUCUCGAACGUCACAUCCGCUAUCAGCGCCCUUCCCAACGACGGCAACCCAUAUACUAUCAAGAUUGGCGCGGGUACAUACGUUGAGCAGCUUUCCAUAACACGCAAGGGAAAGGUCACCUUGAGGGGCUUCACCGAUUUCACGAAUGAUUACACACAGAACGAGGUCCGCAUUGAGUUCUCCAGGGGUGAGCUUACCAGUGCUGGUAAGAACGAGCAAACACCCGUCGUGUACUCCAAGCCUAGCGGCGAUUCAGGAAUGGCCCUAUACAACAUCGACUUCGUAAACACAUAUCCUCAGACCUCGAAUACCGCAGCGCUGGCUGCUGACUUCUAUGGCGCGAAUAUUGCUGCCUAUGGGUGUUCUUUCGUCGGUUUCCAGGACACUCUCCUCGCUAACAAGGGUACACAAGUGUUCAGCAACUGUUAUGUUGAGGGCAGUAUCGAUUUUGUUUGGGGUUUCUCUACUGCAUACUUCCAUCAGUGCAUGAUCGUUAGCAACACUCCUGGUGCUUUCAUUUCUGCACAAUCCAGGGCCACUGCAGAUGCCCCGGGUGGAUAUGUAUUCGAUUCCUCCGUCAUUACAUACAGUACCACCUACGGCAAUACUUUCGGUACAACGUACCUCGGUAGACCUUACAGUCAGUUCUCCAUCGCUAUCUACAUGAACUCGUAUAUCGACAAGCAUAUCUCUAGCGCUGGAUGGACCGUAUGGCAGACGAACAACCCUCAGACAUCUGGAGUUACGUUUGGCGAAUACAACAACACGGGCCCUGGCAGCUGGACAGACACAGCCAAGCGGGCCGACUUUGCCACGAAGUUGACAGCGUCUCAGGCCGGGAAGUACACGCUUGCUGCAUGGAUCGGCAGCACGGCAUGGUUAGACAUGGAUGCGUACAAUGCGAUCCCUUCGUACAGCCUCACAGGCCCCACGACUACCUCGCCAUCACCAUCUCCAUUUCCAUCGCCUUCCACCAACGGCACCGCAACUGGACCAACUACUACUGCAACUAUCAAUGCCCAUCCUGACAGCGGCAACGUGCCGCCCCUAGGCGCUGUGGUCGUUUCCAAGGACGGCAGUAACGGUGCUACGUAUACCAACAUCACUGCUGCACUCGCUUCACUUCCGCAAGAUAAGACGAACCAGACCAUCUUCAUAUACCCAGGCACCUAUAACGAGCAGAUUCCGUCAGUCAACCGUCCUGGUGCCGUAAGGAUCAUAGGGUACACCACAAGCAAUCCUGGUCAAGCCUACAAGGACAACCAGGUCACCGUCUCCUUCGCUCGUGGACUUUCCGUCUCCCCACUACCCGUCGGACACUCAAACGCGGAAACAUCCGUCUUCUCUACUGCAUCAAGCAGGAUUAGCAUGUACAACGUCAACAUGAUCAACACUGACAACCUCGAUGGUGCCGAGCCUAACUACGUAACUCUCGCGGGCUCAAUCUACGGCAACGACAUCGCCUUCUACGCUUGCUCGUUUGAUGGUUGGCAAGAUACUCUUCUGAACGGGGCUACUGCUGGUUACCAAUACUAUGAGUCGUGCUACAUUGGAGGUGCCAUCGACUUCAUUUGGGGCUACUCCAAGGCAUACUUCAAGGGAUGCACGAUUGGUGCGAAGCGCAAGUCAUCGGCCAUUACUGCCCAUAGCAGGAAGUCGAGCACCGAUAUUGGUGGCUAUAUUUUCGAUCAGUGCUUGUUCACUGCCGCUCCCAAUGCAGUCGAUGAUCUCACCAACAAGGUCUACCUCGGUCGUCCUUACUCCCAGUAUGCGCUUGUUGUCGUGAAGAACUCGUAUCUCGACGCUACGAUUAUUCCUGCCGCAUGGAAGAUCUGGUCUGUGACUGACCCACGUACUGAUCACGUCACCUUCGCCGAGUUCAACAACUCGGGCCCUUCGAACUGGGAGCAGAACGUUGCUGCUCGUCAGUCCUUUGGAUAUGCUACGCUACUCACCUCGGACACCUACUCUUUGGCCUCCGUUAUGGACUCAACAGAAUGGAUUGACAUGACCUACUUCAACUCUAUCGUCACGCCGCAACCCUCUGCGCCCAUUGUUAUACCACCUGGACCCAUCGUAGUCGGCGGCAACUCUACUUUCAACGGCACGACUCCACCGGCCGAUGCUCUCAUUGUCUCCAAGACACCGAUCGCCGGUGUUGUGACGUACGAUACCAUCCAGGGAGCCCUUAACGCUGCGCCAACUACGAGUAAGACGAAUGCUACAAUCUUCAUCUACCCUGGUACCUACGAGGAGCAGCUCAUCAUUGCCAAGUCCGGUCAUACCAUCUUCCGUGGCUACUCUGAUUCGACCGAUGACUAUUCCAAGAACCAGGUUACCAUUCAGUUCAGCCGCGGUGUAGAUACACAAGGUACCUCCGGUAGCAAUACGGACGGAGCGACUGUCUACGCAAAGGGCAACUACUUCCAUGGUUUCAACAUCAACUUCAGAAACAACAAUGGCACGCAGCAGAACAUUGCUUCGCUCGGCUUCGCUGUUCAAAGCAGCAAGUUCGCCGCGCUGUAUGGAUGCCAGAUCUACGGUAACCAGGAUACUCUCAGCGUCUCUGGUAAUCUAUUCACUUUCAAGACCUACAUUGAGGGUAACGUUGAUUUUAUCUACGGUAGUGGAUCUGCGUAUUUCUUAGAUUCGACUAUCGCCUCCAACGAGGAUGGUAUCAGCAUCACAGCUCACAAGCGUACGACCAACACAACUGCUGCGGGCUUCGUGUUCGAUCAGUCAAGGAUCGUGCCUGCACCCGGAUCUGGGAAGUUUAGCAGCGUCAGCCUUGGUCGUCCAUGGAACAGCUUCUCUCGUGUUGCGUAUGUUGGCUGCUACCUCGACGCCAUGAUCAGCCCGGCUGGAUGGUCGCAAUGGUCAAAGACCAACCCGCAAACUGAUGGUGUCACAUACGGAGAGUACCACAACACUGGCCCAGGUUCUGACAUCUGCAAGCGUGCUACAUUUUCCAAGCAGCUUUCGGACACGGAUGUUGCUCAGUUCCAGCUUUCUUCUUUCUUCGCGACGACUGCGUUCAUUGAUUUCCGAUUCGUCGAUACUCAGCCUUUCGCGAUUGGCAUGGGCUCGCCACAGGUCUGCAGCACUGCGUCCUCGUCCCUCGUCUCAUCUUCGUCACUGUCAGCCAGUGUUACAAUGUCUAGUAUCAGUCUCACCUCUUCGAGCAGUCUUCCGAUGGUUACUGCUUACACCACGACUACCGUGACAGCUCCGCUUACUGCAAGUACCUUUGUCACCGCCCCUGAAGUCACUUCGACUACUGUAUUGAAGAGUACGGAGACGCUCUCGAUCAGUGCCAUCGAUGUCAUCAAGACCAGCACGUUGAAGGUCACUGCCACCACCUCCAUCGUUUCUCCCGACGUGACCUCUACUUCCACUUCGGUAGUAACUGAGGAUGUUGGCCUCACUGUCACCCCAGAACUUAUCACCAAGACCAGCGUCGUCAAGGGUACUGUGACCGAAGCUGGAGUGACAACCAAGGGUGCUACGACUUCGACGAUCAAGGGCACCACGACUGUCACCGUUCUGUACACCUCUUCGCCCAAGCCAAUUUCAGUCACCGUCAGCGAGGGAUCCACAGUUUUCAUCACAAGCUCCAAAACCCAGAAGGCAGUUUCCACGACCGUGAAGACUACUAUCUCGAUCGAGCCGACUACCACCAAGACAACUACCGUGCAACCUAAAGACUCAGUCACGAUCAGUAGCACGUCCAUUAAGACGACUACAAAGAAGUCCACUACCACGCUCUCUUGCAUCCCCACUCGCAGCGCUGAGAAGCUGGUCCGCCGAGGUGCCGUCCUUCCUCGAGCUGUGGCUAGCACAACUACAGUCACCAUCAGCACUACGGUGAGCAGCUAUGUAGCCACAGCUACGGUAACUCAAGCUGGAUCGACCGCCUUUGUCACGGUAUCGUCCAUCGCUACUAAGACAACAUCCCUCAAGGCCAGCACCAGCACAGUCACGCUUACCACCGUGGUAAAGACAUCGACUAUCGCUCAGGCAGGCUCUACUUACUACACAACGAUUCUCUCAACGGAAAAAGUCGGCAAGACCACGACCCUGAAGGCCUCCACCAGCAUAGUCUACUCCACUGACCUCGUCACCAAGACUGUUCUUUCAACGGUCACUGAGCCAGCGGUCACGGUCAGCUCUCUCAAGACCACUUCAAAGACUUCGACCAUCCUCGCAGCGCAGGAAACCGUCGUCGUAACCAAGUCGAGCGACGUGACUUCCAAGACCACGAUCACGCCUUCCGCCUCUACGAGCACCAAGUUUGAGACGGUGACUCUAGGUGGUGGAGUAAAGACGGAGACCGUUAUUGGAGCCCCCAAGACUAAGACGGUAGUCGUGAAGAGCAGUGCCACGGUUGUCAGUCUGGUGACGAAGACUUCGAAGGGUGCGGCGGCUUGCACGGGAUCUUAG